AUAGCCAUGAAUAGUUGAAUAGGCCCUCCAGAUCACAUGGUCUGUGGUUGUGCCGUUCUUUGCACCCUUGUAAAUUCUUGAGAGCGAAAUGUUUCUGAGUGGUGCUCAGUCUAGUCAGUUUUGCUGCUUCUGGUAGAUGUACAAACUUUGUCUGGCUUUAGAAAUUUGAAGAAUUCAAGAUAAACAUCAACCUCCUGUUUGUUGCCAUUUGAAACUUGCUCAUCGAUCUUUGUCCAAAUCUGCAUCAACGAACGAUCUGCUCUACCGGUGAAACGUGAGGGCGUACCACCGUUACCUCAAUGCCGAGUCCGCAAAGUAUGGCCACUCUUUCGGUGACCGAUUGUGGAAGUCACCAGUUAUAUGCCACAAAAGACGAACCAAUCACGAGUCAGCAUGCUCCGGCACGGGUCACUGUCACAACCAAUCCAGAGCAUGAGAAGUUUUCAAACUGCCUUUUGCAAUUGGAGAGCUGUGACGAAGAAAUCGACCUCUCGACCCCGAAGCAGAGCAUCCCUCGGAAGAGUGACACUAUCAACAAUAACAACAACGGCAGCGGGGCAUGCGAGACCCUUACUAGGAAUGAGGGGGCGGUGAACUACAGGGGGAUGCAGAGGCGUAGCCUCCUGGAGGGCAUAUGGGGCUGCCUCAAACCUGUCUGGAACAUGAUCGGAAAAGGCAAUCACGAGAAACAUAGCGAAGGAUUUCUAAAUGACUGGGAGAUUCCCUUUGAAAACAUCCGCAACUUACAAUGGCUAGGAAGUGGAGCCCAAGGCGCUGUCUUUCUAGGCUGGUACAGGACGGAACCAGUCGCUGUCAAGAAGGUUCGGGACGAGAAGGAGACGGACAUUAAGCACUUACGCAAACUCAACCACCCGAAUAUUGUGACAAUAAAGGGUGUAUGCACACUGGCGCCUUGCUUCUGCAUUCUAAUGGAAUACUGCCCAUUCGGACAGCUCUAUGAAGUGCUGAGGGACGGACGUGAGAUUCCCCCGCAGCUGAUGAUUGACUGGUCCAAACAGAUUGCUCAGGGCAUGCACUACCUCCAUAUACAUAAGAUUAUUCAUAGGGAUCUCAAGUCACCAAAUGUGCUUGUGGCAAACAAUGACAUCCUGAAGAUAUCUGACUUUGGCACCAGUCGAGAGUGGAACGAGAAGAGCACCAAGAUGUCCUUUGCCGGCACGGUGGCCUGGAUGGCACCAGAGGUGAUCCGUAACGAACCCUGCUCGGAGAAGGUGGACGUUUGGUCGUUUGGUGUGGUCCUCUGGGAGCUGCUUACGGGAGAGAUGCCCUACAAGGACGUGGAUUCCUCAGCUAUCAUCUGGGGUGUUGGAAGCAACAGCCUCCAGCUACCCAUCCCAUCCACCUGCCCUGAAGGCUUCAAGCUUCUUAUGAUGCAGUGCUGGAGUGCCAAGACCAGGAACAGACCCUCCUUCAGACAAAUCCUCAUGCAUAUUGACAUCGCUGCUGUGGACUUCCUAUCAACGCCCCAGGAGGCAUAUUUCGACAAGCAGGUUGAUUGGAGAGAAGAGAUUAAGCUUCAGUUUGAGAAGAUGAAAUCCGAGGGAUCAUCCAUGUGUCAUAUCGAUGAAGAUCUCAUCAAACGGAGACAGGAUGAGCUCAGGCAUGCCCAAGACAUCAGGGAGCACUACGAGCGGAAGCUGCAACGAGCCAACGACCUCUACAUGGAGCUGCACUCCUGCCUCCUGCAGCUGGAGCAGAGGGAGAGGGAGCUGAUGCGCAGGGAGAAGCUGCUCAGUGAGAUUGAGAUCAAGAAGAAGAAGUCCCUCAAACCCAUCCUCAAGGCAAGGACGGUGCAGAAGCUCAUCGAGAAGUCGUUGCAGUCUCAUGGAGGUUCAGCAACACUUGGAAGGUCACCAAGUCCAGGCAGUUCCUCAGUAAGUCCGGAGCCGGAAAACAGAUCUCCAGCAACGCUACCCAGAGCCAACCUCAAUGCCAAGACCUCACCCAUUCGAGCAAAGACCCUGCCUCAGCGCAAGUCACGUCACCGCAGGAACAACAGCCACGGCAGGGGAAGCUUUUGUGGGAAAGGAUCUCCCUCCAAGGAGAGCCAAGAAUCCAGCAAACCCACAAGUAGUAACCCCAGGGCUGCAGAUGAAGACGUUUCCUCAAGUACUUCGGACAUUCGUAAGCCUGAUGCUGAAACCUCACGGUUUAUCAAGCGCUCUCAGAGUGAAAGGAUUGUUACAGAGGGGACAAUGUCUAGGAAACUUGGGUGUCGUUUCAAUAUCCACUCUCCCGCGGAGAUUGCAGGUGGCAUAUGUAGGUGCAAUGGACGCAACGCAAAGAGCCGUCCAGGACAUGUACAGAUUGUGAACGAGGGCCAAAGUCAGGCGGCUCCACGGAAGUACAAGCACAGACAAAGGACAAUUGGUAACUUCACCAGUGAGAUUGACGUUUUGAACAGCAAUAGUCCCAUUCAAGGGGCCACCAGUGGACCAAGUGGCCAGGAGGGCCCCUCCAAUUCCAUGGCCAUCACCGUUAAAGCAGAAAUGAACUAUUCUUCCGAUCAUUCCAUGGGUGGUGUUAGGUUAGGAGGCACGGACGUUAUGGGACUCAAGUCCUCCUAUAUAGGACACAGACUGGCUUCUGAUGAGAGUCCUAUCAGGAGGAAUGUAGGCUCCUUACGAAAAGGCCCAGGAACCUCCAAGAGAAGCCCCUCUCCAACAAAGAAGACAAAGUCAUCCCUAGAAAAGUCCAAGGGUGGUGAGAGUUCUAGUGAUAAUGAGGAGGCUGCACCAGACCAUUCCAGCGAUGAAGACACAUUGACAUUACAGAAUGAAAGGCUGCGUCCAAAGAGCCGCCAAUCCUACUCCACCGACCACUCCGAUGGCAUCUUCUCUGAAGAAGACAACACAAGCGAACGGUCCCACGGCCCCACCCCAGAGCCAGGCCAGCGAGCCCAGACUGCCACGCCCACUAGUCUAUCCUCGGUGGCUAUCGGCAUAAACCCCGACGCCCAUGACCUGGGAGCCAUGACCUCGGAUGGUCUCUCGGACAAGGAGCGUGUUGUGAGACAGGUCAUGAAGCAGAUCUCUGGUGAUAAGAGCUAUGAGAGCAAAAUCCACUACUCGGAGACGGAUUCCAGCAGCAGCGAUGAAGGUGGAGAUUAGCUGUGUGCAGACGAGACUCAUUCAUUACUUCUGACCUCAACAGAUGUGGCAAUCUAAACCGUGUUGUGCAGCUUUGUCAAAGUGUAUUACUGCAGAAAGAAAGAAAAAAAAGUAUUAUUUUAUUGUUACGGCAGCUCUUGAUCUAUAUUCAAAACGAGAAGAUUCAGUAUGAUUUAUUUGUGAAAUGUUUGUGUACAUUAUUGUUUAUUAAAGCUUGUGUAUUCUACUGACAUUCUCAUUUUCAAUCAAUGCUACAUUCAUAUAUUGAUAUUAGUAUCGACCAUUUGCAUAAAUGGCUUUAUUAAGUCCUUUUCAGUGAUGAAGUAUUUCAAAGAAUGCAUCAUCUUUUGCAAGUUCGCAAUAUAUCACACGACAGUGCCGGCAUCUUGUAAUGGCAUUUACAAUCAGCUGCAGGGGAGAUUCUCACUCUGUAUUCCUCUUUUGUUUUCAUUCAAGAUACAGGUACCUUUGAAGCAAAAACAUCACAAUGAAAACAUUCAAACAGUUUUAUUAUUUGAUAGUUGAUAAAAAAUAAUUGAGGAGAUUUUAAUGCUGUAAACUGAUAUUUUGCAUCUUUACAGAGUGACUGCACUCAAACAUAUUUCUUUUACCUAAAAGAACAGUACAAGAAACAGCUCUACUUUGCAAAAAGCUCAAACUGGAUUGAUGACAAAAUAUUUCUCUCCUAUUUGAAAUAGUUUAAUUAAAGGAUGGAUACAUACUUGGUUGUGAACCAAUAUGUGUGCAACCUGAGAGUGGCAAACAAUAAACUUGUCAUGAUUUUUAUGAAAGGCUGAUUAAUUGAUGAUACUCUGAAUAAAUGUCAUCAGUUGUAUCUGAGAUAAUGAAUUCGGCAAAGUGCAAUGGUGAAGAUAUAUACUUCAUGUGUGAAAUCUAAUGUAUUCUUAUAGAUUAUUCAUAUUUCAUAUCAUACAACCACUUUUUAGCAAUUCAAAUGUGGCAACUAAAUGAAGAAAGGAAUUUGAGAUGUUUCUAUGAAGAAUUGAAGAUGAUGCUGAAGCUGUUGUAUUUUGUGUAAACUUAUAUUUUACAAACAAAAAAUGUGCAAUGAUAGAAAUAUUAUGUUCACUAUGAACAAAUCCGAUAUUCAAAGGCUUUUUAUUACCUUUUGUGAAAUUUCAUUAUAAAAUCAUUAUAAAGGGAAUCAUACUCAAAGCAAAAAUAUAUGAUUGUUGUAUAAGUGACAAUUUAAUGUAAAUUUGUAUUCAUGUUUUUUUUUAGUUAAUUAAUCGCAGUUGAGUUUGUUUUCAAUUUUCAAUUCUUUCCUGCAUUGUCAUUCAUUUGCACUUCAAGUUUGAAGAAUGCCAGAUCAUGAAAGUCAAAGAAGACAUUUAGUAAUGCUCUAGGUUCCAAUGGAACUGCAUAUUCAACUGUUCUCAGGUAUUGCCCAGUGUAUCUUCAACGUAGAAAUGGUCAGCUCGGUUCCAUAUCCCAUUUAUAAGUCUUGAACAUCCAUGUACUGUAAAAUGCAAAUAUGGAAUACCUUUUUGAUGUGUGGAUGGGGUGGUUAUGUUUAAGGACCUACUUACUGCAAUGGAAUUAUCAUCUGUUCUUUAGCAGGUGAUUCUUGACCAAUUUUUCCCUACUUCCUCACAUCGCCAUCAACAGUCCACUCUGUUUUCCAGAAGUGGUGCAAGACAGUGAGAAAAAAUUUUGAGGUUUAUCAAUGGGACAAGAAAUUGAGUUGACUUUUUUUUCUGAAAGAGUACUGAUUUUACUGUAGCAAAGAAUAAUUAGCUGUUGUAAAUAUAUGAUGAAUCAUUAUUACUUCCAUACAGUGACAGAGUACUGAAAAGAUGUAUGUUUUUCAGUUCAAUGUGCUGUUUGUGCAAAUUAGUAAAAGUUUUAGGAUGCAGAGAUGUCGGGUGAAAGCGAGAAUAAUCCCACAAAAUAUUGUGAAUAAUGGAAGAUAUGAUAGAUUUGUCUCUCCACUGAUGUAAAUAAAAGGAAUACAUGAGGAUGAAUGAAAGUUAAAUCUUUUUUAAAAUGUAAAUUAUUGUAAAAAUGUAAAUUACGUGUUGAUUUCUUGGAUUAAUCAUGAAAGAAAUCUCUCACAGUCACUGCCAUGACCACCUUGUAAAUACCAAGAUGAAAGAUUAAAGGGAAAUUCAUCCUUCCAUUUUUAUGAUGUAGCAUAUCGCAAGUAAUGGCUUUAUCAUGUAAUGAUUUUUAAAACAAUUUGAAGCUGAUUAUCAAGCCCACUUCUUGUUGAAAUUCACAUAAUAAUUCAGUCAUUAUUGAUAACAAGACAGUCGUUAGUGUUAAUAUCAAAACACCUUGUAAAGUAUUUUUUUUAAUCUCAUGGACUCAGGAGAAGUUUGGCUAUUAUAAAGACUACUACCUAGCCCCUUGUAUUCUUGCCGGCCAGUAACAGUUAAUGGGUGGUUUUAUGAUUGUGUGAGUUUCUAUUCUAGACAUUGUCAGUUAAUGGAAACUUCUUUUUGUUUACAGCAGUUAUAUUCAAAACCCAUUCAUGAUAUAAUGAUUUUUGCUUUUUAUUGUUUUGUUUACAUGAUUUAUGGUAUAUACCUUUCACUUGUUUAUCAUUAUAUCUACCAUUGGAUAUAUUAUGUACAUGUAUAUUGUGUAAUAAACAUUUUAUGAGAGAUGUACAUUAAAAUGCCUAAUGGUGUUUGUUAUGAAAAUGUCAAGAAUGAUUUAUCAUUUCAUUGUUAUUUGAUUUAUAAACUUAUAUUGCAUGUUAGCUUUGCUCUUUUUGAGUGCAAAUCAGAAUUUUUUAUCACAUUUUAUUGUUUGCAAUGAUUAAUCUUACACAAGUCUUUGAUUUUUGAGAACAUGUACUUUUCUUUUGAAGGCAUGAUAAUCUUAUGGAACAGAGUCAUUCCAUGCUGAAAAACGCUUUUUUUUUUUGCCAGUUAAGUUCAUUUUUCAUAUCUGCUUUGGUAUAUUUGUUUUCUGGAUUGUAGUAUAAGAUAAGUUGGCCUCAAAAGUAAAAUAGUAUUUUUAAUAGAGAAGUUUAGUGACAUAUCUUGCUAAAUAAUGUUUCAUUUGACCUGUUGUAUUGCCCCCCCCCCCCUCUUUGUCCCAGUGAUGACAAUGCUCUUAUGUAGCAGUAAAUCAUAUGAUUUACCUUAAUCCUUUUCUUUUGGUUAUAAUAAGAAAUGAACAGAGAAUUAAUCAAAUGAGUGUUUGUUAUUUACAUUAUGAAUCACAUAUCUAGUUUUAACCAUGGUUCAAAAGCAUGGGUAAUUGUUGAUUGAUCAUUAUUAAAUCAAUUCAUUCAAAUUACUAUCCUUCAUUCUACAGCCCUUGCCAUGGAACUCGAAUAUAAAAUAUUAAGAGACCGACAACCUUGCUAUAAGAACUCUAUUUUAUGUUUGCUGCAUAAUGUAAUUAAAACCGCAAUGCCGAUCACACAAAAUACAUUUUCAGUAUUCAACGCUUUACACUGUUAAUCAUUGUGAAACAAAUCAUCCAAUAAAGGAAUACCAAAAAUGGAGAGAAAAUGUAACUCUAAUAGAAAAUUAGUGGCUUGUGUGCUCGUUUUGGAAAAACAAAGAAACAAGGGGUCUGCAUGUGUGCAAUUCUUUUAUAAAAUUUGUAUUUAUUACACAUUACCGGCAGUUUUAUAUCUUGUAGGGUUCUUGUUUAUAUGUGCAUUUUCUUGGUCCAUUAGCAAAAGUACAUCUAGAUAUAUUUCUUGCCCCCAGUUUAUCCGAUCAUGAAAUAAAUCCAUCUCCAAUGCAUUAUGUAAUGAUAGAAUAACAGACGUAUGAUUUUACUGAUAAUCAAUAUCUAGAAAAGUGAUUGUUAGUAAAAUUUGGAAAUGAAUUCACACUAUAUCAGUGUAUGUAUAUUAAACACAUGUGAUAAAAGAUUUGUGUUCUAAAUACUGGCAUUGCAAGAUGAUAAGUAAUACAUUUUCUGUUUUCAUGUAAGGCAUGUGAUGUUAACUUUAUUGAUGAUGGUAUUCAAAUACAGCAUCUGUUUGCUUCUCUAAUCAUGAGGAUUAAAAGUUGUUAAAAUUUGUGCUACACUUAUAAAAUGUAUUUUACUAAAGCAUGUAAAACAGAAAGACAAACCAUAAGCUGAGAAAAUGAAGGAAAAUUGUCCCUAAGCUUAAGUAAUACAAAAUAUGUUUUAUAUAUCUCUUUAUUACAAUGAUGAAAGCAUAAUUUUUUGGUACUAUAAGUAGGCCAAGUUGAUUUUAACAAGAAUCAUGUAUCCAGGUACCAGCUGGUUUGAUUUUAAGCACAGUUUUUACAUCAUAGAAGUCCUUUUUAGGUCUAUGUCAUUAUGUGUUUUAACAGGUCGUGUGUUUCUCAUGACCUCGUAGUUGCACAAAAUUUUAUUUAGCACAUUUUGAUAAGUUUUAAAGAAAAUAUGAGUCGGAUUAUCUUUCAAAUGUUCUUUUCUUAUUUAUUUGCCAUCAGUUUUAUGAACUGCUGUGCUGUUUAACUGGAGAACCUAUAAACAUGAUUAUACAUUUUAAUUGACCUAACCUCAAUUAUCCUGAUUGAUCUGUGACCUUCAAAAGCCUCUGUUUGCUUUUGGAGUAUAAUUUGGGCAUUUAAUUUGCUUGAAUACCCUUGAAUACCAAAGCUUCUGGAAGAAAGCCGUCUCUAGCUGCCAAGCUUUCAGGUCUAACUUCAAAGGGGGGGGGGGGGGCGGGAUGUCCCAGCUUCCGGGUCUUGCACCAUGGUCAUUUUACAUCUGCACUUGCUUGCUGGGGUCAUAUUUAAGGAAUGAAUUUGAAUUUUGCUACUUAAUUGUUGAUCAAUUUCUCCUCUUUUUGUAACGGCAGGGAAUCGAUCUUCAAAGAUCACGAUAAUUCUUGUGAUUUUGGUAUAUUUUGUGGGAGAUCAAAUAAGGUACUUAUUUAAAUUCCCUUGGAAUUGUGAUAUAAUCAUUUCACAUGUUCUGGGUACAUGUAUUUGUAAUGCUCUUAACCAUCCAGGGAAAGGGAGAAUUAAAGCAUAUUUGUGGAGAGAGAUGAAGAAGCUAUGGAUCAAAUACCUCGCCUGAUCAAUAACCAAUAUUUGAGAGAAUUGUGACAAUUCCAGGGUAAUAUUUGCCCAACUUAUUGGGUAUUGAUCAAUUCAAUUGUGUCCGAAAGAAACUUGGAUAUUGUCAUUUGGUUUUGACUUAGUAGCAAUAAAGCUACUUGAAAUGUAAAUUGUUUUAAUGCAAUGCUGAUGUGGAGAACUUUGAUGGAAUAAUUCUGCAUGGAUAUGGAUGUUGUGCAGGUUUAUACAUUUCUGACAAACUGAUGUCUUCUGAAGCAGAAUGACAUAUGUACCGAGUUUUGAGUGUUGUGAAAGUAUCGAGUAAGUUUUAAAGUGUAAUGGAGAUAUAUAAUGUCAAAACAGGUAUGUACAAUAAAUGAUCAUAUGAAAACAGAA